UCCGAAGGCGCGAAACCCCACUGUCUAGACCCACAACUCUUGAGCUGAUGAAUAAAUUGUUUUGUCUGGCAAUAAUUGGUUUGUUUGGCAAUGUGGCAGUGCUGUGUGGUGCAGCUGCAUUUUAUUGCAAGGAUGUCUGGCUCAGUAUAGGUGCUGUCCUGAGCCUAGAUAAAUGUCUCUAGUCUCUUGACGAAACUGUCGAUCCAUGAGAGAAUUCCCUGUCAUUAUGGAGGAGAGGGAAUGUCUGCACGAUGAGCAUUCAAGUGACCAAAUAUCAACAACAGAAUAUGGGAAAGUUAAGGAACAGCACAUUAAAGAAUCCGUUAAGGAAGAUGUACCAUCUGGCAUACUUGCAUAUGAUUGCUACAAUUACUUUAAGAAAAAGCUGUUUCCUCCUCACAUCAAGACAGAGUCCAAAGCCUUAAUGAAACUAGCAUGGGGAACGAGCCUGAAUUCAUUUCUUUCAUUUUUCAUCCCAGUCAUUUCAGUGCUUAUUGUUGGCCACAAGGGAAAGAAUUACCUUGCAGCAGUGGGUCUUGGUAUAUCUGUAUGUAAUGUGACAGGAAAUGUCCUUGUGGUUGGAUUGACUUCAGUGACAGAAACAUUGUGCUCCCAAGCAUAUGGUGCUGGACAAUACAAGCGAUUUGGAGUUGUGAUACAAAGAUCCCUAAUCAUCACAUUCUUAGCAGUUCUUCCGUCAUGUGCCCUGUGGAUAAAUUUAGACAAGACACUUGUGGUCUUAGGACAAGACAAAGAAGUUGCCUUGCUUGCUAGUUAUUUUGGAAUAUAUUACAUCCCUGGAUUACUGUUUUACAUCCUGUUUAAUAUACUUACAAGGUACUUGGCUUGCCAGAACAUUGUUUACCCAAGUGUGUAUGGCUCACUUCUUGCUUUUGUGGUUAAUGGAGUAUUCUGCUACCUCUCUGUUUAUGUUUGGAACUUCGGAAUACAGGGUGCUGCCUUUGCUUUGGAUUUGUCAUAUUUUUCUUUCUGUGCCUUCCUUCUCGUUUUCAUUUAUGUAAAAAAGAUGCAUAAGAAAACCUGGAAUGGCUGGUCAAAAGAAUGCUUAUUUGAAUGGAAAGAGUUCAUCCUAUUUGCUAUCCCAUCUACUUCUAUGACGAUAAUGGAAUGGAUUAUUUAUGAAACAGGCAUCAUCACAAUGGGUAUCAUUGGAAGCUUGGAGCAGGCUGCCUUAGUUGUAUCAUUUUACCUUGCUGGGUCGAUAUAUUUUGUUUCUUAUGGUGUCUCAAUUGGUACUGCUGUCAGAGUUGGACAUUUUCUUGGAGCAGGAAAUCCUCAACUUGCUAGAAAUUCCUUAAAAGUUAGCAUUAUGAUAAUAGUGGUUUUUACAGUUUCGAUUGGCUUGCUUCUCGCUGCACUCAAAGACGUGAUUGGCUUUGUAUUCACAAGCGACCAAUCAGUAGUUGAUCUAGUGUCAGACGUGGUUGUUUUAGCUGCUGCCCAUCAAAUUUUCGAUGGAAUCCAGAUAAUAUGUAUCGGAGCUAUUCGUGGUAUUGGAUACCAAAAAUAUGGUGCAGUGAUCAAUUUCAUUGGCUACAUGUGCAUUGGAAUACCGUUGUUUCUUCUGCUGAUUUUCAAAGCCAAUUUAAAAGUCUUUGGAUUUUGGCUGGGAGUUGUGAUUGCUGUUAUUUUGCAAAUUUUGGGCCUUGGCAUUCUGCUUUAUAAAGCUGAUUGGUCGGAGCUUUCGAGAUUAGCAAGAGAAAGGGCAGGUGUUUAUACAGAUACGCUUCCUUCUGAAAGUGAUGGGCCUAUUGUGGAAACGGGGGACUACGGUGCAACCGAAGAGCAAAUUAUUGAAGAAAAAUACAAUUGUACUAGCCAAGAAAAUAAUGUGAGUGAGACUUCCUUUUUAAAAGAGGAAGGCCAAUGUCAUGCUCCUCAAGAGCAUCCAACAAUUCCCCAAAAUGAAAAGCAGAUUCACCCGCAAGAUGCCAACGAGGUUCAAGUAUUCUUUGUGAAUCAGUCGCCAGCAUCUCAUUCAAAGUUAGAGAUUUUUGUCAAAGUUUUCGCUGUUACUCUCUUAUUUCUUUUAGUAAUCUUUUCAUUGAUUUUCAGACUAAGUCAUCCUUAGAUACUUCCAUAUCUUUUUAUUAUGCAUUAUGCAUUUUUAUUAUGCACUUAUUAUGCACUAAAAAUUUUAUGUCUUGUAAAAUUUUAUAUUUUUUAUCAAAACUAUUUUGAAACAUAACAGAGUGAAUAUAUCCUGUAUUUCUCAAGAGUCAGAAAAAGAUGGAACUUAAAGAGAAUAAAAAUCAUUAUGGAGCCAUACUGCAAUAUACUGAAGUAAUUUAUCGACUGACACAACUCUAAAUACAAAGCGUUGGUGGUUUCAGUAGGUGAACUGUAAUCUGUAUCCUGUUGCUGAAGGGCAUGACUUGUGGGAGAGAAUGGCGCUGUUAAUUGGCCCCAUGUUUUUGACCCAUCAAUGUCGAAUAACCUCUCGUGAGAUUUGAGAGAGAAAGCAAUCUCUCUAUUUACGAAAUGUAUCGUCUGUAGUCAAAUUUUAUUUAGAUUAUUUUAUUUGCUAAAACUAAAGUCGUUAGUAUGAUUGACACUGGUAAUUAUAAUAGCUGAAGAGAUUUAUCUAUUGGAGAGAAGUUAUUUGAAGUUUCGGAAUUCAACCCAGCGCUUGAAAAUAGGGCCUAGUUCCGUUGGAAAAAUUAGACGUAGACUCUUUCUGGUCCUCCGAGCCGGAUAUUUUGAAUGAAACUAGCGGGAUAUAGCUUCUCGAAUUGAAGAAAUUACGAGGGACAGCGGAAAGAUGCGCAUCAAAGAUCCAGGGAAAUGCAUUUGAUUUGAAGGAAGACUUUGAUCCUUUGGCUAAAGCUAAUUUCGAGCUUUAGAGAAUUUAUUUGUGGAAAGAUGAGAAACUAACAAGGAGGUUGACAACAAACUUUUAAUUGUAACUGACUAUCUUUUGGCGGAAGAAAAUGGGAGGGAUGGUUAAAAAAAUUGCAAAUAAUUUUACAACUGAUAAUGUUUUCGGAAAUUCUUUGGAAGUCCAAAGAGUUGGCAACGAUUAUGGAGUUGGCAACGACGCUUAUUACUAAGAUAGCUUGACACGUCUAAACCACAGAAUAUUCUGGGUUUUAACUGUGGGAUAGAGGUCGAGAGCUCGUUCAACAUCGUGUUAGGAUCACGGAAAAUAAAGCCUAGCCCCGGUUGAGAACUUUGACACGGAUUUCUUUCUUUGUGCAUUUGGCACACUAUCUGCCCGCACGAUUUUUUGCUUAUGCUAAUUUUAGGUUUAAAGGAAAUCAUCCAUCGCUUCCAAUGGUUCUGAAAUUGUUUUCAGUUUCAUGUUUGGCCCAUUUUUGUCAAAUAAUGUCUUAUGGCCGAGCCAAUUUGUGUAGGGACAUCGUGCAAGUUGGCUGUCACAGCCUUGAUUCAGCAAGGGUUACCAACAGCUCUUAAAAAUUCCAUUUUUGGGCAUACUACGUUUGUUAAGCAUGGUAAAAAAGGGACUUGUCCAAAAAGCAUACAGCUCCGUUUGCCUUCCUUCUUAUUUCAAUAUUUUUUCCAAAACUUAAAAUGAUCAUAUACUACACGACCAAAACACAUUGUCAUUCUCUUUUUAGUCAAUGUUUCGUAGAAGGAAAAUAACCGACUCACGCGAAUCUCGAAUUCACGACCCCUGACUUUGUACAUCAAAUGCUCCUUCAAGAAAAUACAGGCAAUUAUAUGCAGACGUUUUAUGUUAACAAAAUAAAACCAAAUCUUCAAGAUAUGUCAGCAUAUACUCUAGCAGUUACGUCAUAUGCUCAAACAGUCAUAUCAACCAUUUUCAUUCUUUCUCCGCACAAAUCUUCAGCUUUCACUAGCUUUCACAUUGUCAUUCUCUUUAAAUUGAUCUCCCAACGAUUCCAAGGUCUUCUUAUCGGCUGUUUCGGGAAGCCAAAGCAACAGGAUGGCACAAAUGACAGCGGAGCCGCCCAUUAUUGAAAAAGGCAGCACCACAUGGAAGACCGCGAGCGAUUUUGCAACCCAAGGUGCCAUUGCAGAACCAAGUCGACCAGCGAUUUGCAGAUAGCCCAUUCCAGCACCUCUUUAUAAGAUGAAAUUUAAGCAAGGAAUCAAAGAGACCGCAAUGCAUGAUAUUCCGGAUAUAAACAUGGGAAUUAAAACAGUCUUCUUUCGUCCGAUUCUGUAGAGAGAAAGUGCAGUGCCGAAAGAAACAGCUUACUUGUUGCAACAAUAUAUCGCAAGUGUAGUUGCUGGCAAGUCGACCAGACUUGCGAGAAUGUAGUCACGAUACAUGUUCCCGCUAAAGUCAUCAGCACCAAAGGAAACGCCGAAAAAAACCAAGCCACCGACCACCCUGAAAGUAGAAUUAAUCGAAUAUUAUUCUGAACAGCAUAGCCUUCAACAGGGUGUGAACCAAAGUUUUCUAUAAAGCGAAAAAGGCGUGAGCCUAAAUUUGACGACGCAAGAAAAGAAAAACUGUAAGUUACUGAAGCGAUGUAAUCAAAAUGAUAAUAACCAGAGAACGCCAAUCGAAAUGUAACUUUAGAGUAGCUUUAGCAGCUUUUUAGGAUCGCAAAAUAUUGCUUUGUAUUUGCAAUCCAGUGGUCUUUAUAAUGGUAAAUGCAAAAGUAAACGAAGAAACUGAAACAUAAAAUAACUGUGGUCAGAAGAAAAUGAGGCAAAGAGAACGUGGUUUCUUUUGUUACUGCCAUUUACCUCCUAAUCAGUAUUAAAUGUUGCCACCGCUAACCGGCUCGGCAUUGCUUCAUCGUCAUCUGUUUGAUAAAAACGUUGCCAACGAUGCAUGCCCGUAGAAGUAUACUUACCAAGCACAUCCUUGGAUCAAACUCCUAAUAGCGACUUUCUUAGGCUUGAAUAGAUGGAGAUAAUGUGUCAGCCCAGGCGAGCAGUCCAUUGGAACUGGCUUCAAUGUUAUGUCUGGCAGCUCUUUUCCAUUAAACUUGGCAAUCUUUCGAAAUAUCGCAACCGCUUCGUCAGUUCUUCCAUUUACAUGAAGCCAUCUUGUGGACUCCGGAAUGAACCUUGCAUCGAACAAAGAGUAAGCAAUAAGGAAUAAAGCAAACAGGAAUGUGGGGUCGGAAUCCUUCCAGGGCAAAAAAUGUGAAACUGCACCAUGUGGAUUAAAUAAUUAUUUUGUUCAUACCCUAAUUUGCAGAAGCUUUUGGUUGACAAUAAUUACAAAAAUAGAGAAUUGAGGGACAUUAAUUUAUUAGGUAGCACAAAAAUUAGCAGUUUUCUGACUUUAACCCAUAACCCUUGGUGCAAUAGUUGAGCUGUCACAAAAUAUGCAAAAAAGCUUCUUAACGCAUCCGCACUAGCUAAUGAGGUCAGUUCAUUCGUUACUUAUGAUUCCAAACUCUUAGCUAUUUUUAAGGUGCAAUGAUAACUAAUUUAAACAGUUUUAUAAGAACAGUAGCCUCAAGAGGAAAAGGAAGAACAAGCUGAGCUAGUGUAGAAUGUAAUUUCUAAAAAUGCUGUGAAAUGUGUAAGAAGAAAAAACGCAAGAUAUGCUGUCUGCCGGAUUCUAUGAAUCUUGCAAAGAGUAAUAAUACGAAUAAUAGUCGAAAACAAAGCGACACAACGACGAGAAUCCAACGUAGUUAAAGAGAAUUUUAAAAUAAAUUAAAUUUAAUAAAUACUAAUAAUGCACACAGGCAUACAGAGUUACAUUAGAUUACAAUUAUUAAUGUUGUGAAGUCCCCUUAAAAGGUUUCAGUUAAAAAACGAGGAGCUUUUUGCCAUCCAGGGGGGCUUUUACAGUUAAUUUUCAAACCUCAAGAUCUCGAGAGGUUUUUAGAAACAUUGUUAGAAACAGGGAAUAUAUUUUGAAAUGUUGUCGACGAAAAGAAGAACACACACACUUUUGGGACAUAAAAUAUCGCUCAUAGACAUUCAAACUAGUGUCAGUUAUGGUAUUGUCUUUCAGAUUUUCAGCAGUCUGUUUUGGUUCCAAGACAUCGGACCAUUUGUUUCAAAAUGUUUCCACAUAUUCAACUCAAAAUCUAAUGGUAAAAUUUCACAAAAACUUACUCACUUGAAAAAUAAAAAUGUAACAAAAUAUGGGGCUGUAACGACUAUCAUCAAAAUCUUCCACGUUUGAACGAAGAUUGCUAUAACUCCAAGCAAUACUACGCUGAGAGCAAACGAAAACCAAAGGGAGAUCCCAGCGAAUGGACGCCAUUUUGGGCCUACAAACUCUGAAAUGAGCACAAACAUCUGUAUACGUGCUCCAGGAAGGAAAAAACCCAUUAAACUGCGUGUUAGAAUGUAGAACCAAAGGGUCGGAGAAAACGAAGUGAUGAAGCCAAGCACGACGAGUAUCGCCAUGGAAGGCAGCAGUGUUAACCUUCGUCCAUACCUGGAAAAAAAGAAUUUAAGUUCAAGCUAAAAAGUGAGCAAUCAUAUAUUCUAUAGUAAACUUUUGUCUAACAGAGAAUGAAUGUUCUUCAGCUAGAAGCUUGCAAGGAUAUACCACAAGCAUGCCCACUGAGUUCCAUUCUAUUUAGCAACAACAUAUGACAUGACGGCUGUGGAUCUGGUCCUUCAAGCUCUUGUUUGGCCUAUGCAUAAUUGGACUCGCUAAAGUCAAUAAUUCUCCAGCUGAAUAUGUCACAUUCUGUGAUGAUUGACUUAAAGUUCAUGUUGAACAAUGUCGAGCAAUUCAGACGGUGACGUUUUGCAGUGGACAUGAGCUUGCUGCACAUCUUUAUUAGAUUAAUGAUGAGAAAAACAAAACUGUAGAAAGGAUCUUUCGCAUUGCCUCUAGCCCUCCAUCGGGAUGUUUAUAUACUCCAUCGGCCACAAAAGAUCCUCGUCGCCCUCAGUAAUUAUUAAUCAAACUGCCUCUGUCAUACUUUCAUCGUUGUCAACAUCGACAUCUUUCUUUUGUUCAUUUUCUUCAAAUCAUCCGGCUCUAUUCCAUCAAUUUUUUAUUUUCUUGAAGUAAUGUUGUAAGGUGGACAGGAUACCUCCGCUUUCUAUUCCACCUAUGGUAUUAGGGACAGCCAACGACAAUCUGAAAACGUUUUAGCAGUAACUCUCCAACCAUUAUUAGCAAUGACAUUGAUUAUUGGCAUUGUCAAUGUGUCAAUGUCAAUGUUGUGUCCAGCUAAAGCAAGCAACUUUGCGGGGGUUUCCAAAAGCAUGUGAUCAGGGACGGACUUAGUGAUAGGGGUGUAGGGGGUGCGACACCCCCCAAUAUUUCUGUCUCCUUCGGUAAAUUUGGUUCCAUUCGGUAAAAGCCAUUUUUUGGUAGUUAGCAGUAACAAAUUAACGCCAAGAUUUAACUUUAUUUAUCUCCUUAAUAUCAGUAUUUAUCUUCUUAUCAGUAGCGUAGCGGGGGAGGCAAGGGGAGCGGCCGCUCAGAAAGUCGGUGUCUGAGUACAAAGUACAAAUCUGCAAUAGAAUUAGUACCUUAAAGGGGGACUUUAUAUUUCAGACAAUAUUAAAACAUUUUUAAAGACUGCAAACAAAUGGAAGAAAUAUUCUGAAAUGUAUUUCAAGCUAAUCGGAAGGGCGUCGUCGCAAAAAUUUUCUGCUGGCUUCGCUCGCACAGGGACCCUCCUUUAUAACUCUAAAGAAUGUUCAACAAUUUAUCCCACGUUAUAGGAUUUAGAUAGAAAAGUAUUUCACGUUCUCUAGACAAUCCCGAUAAAAUAGAAACUAAAAUGCUAAAGCGCUUCAAUCCUUAAAAAAAUGUGCUUUUGGGGAUUUUGCUCCAAGGAGAACGGAAUUAGUUUAAAACAUUUUAAUCCGGUUUGUUAUUUUUAGAUAUUUGAUUAAAACUGUGGAGAAUCAGUUUUUACACGUAGUGCUUCCUUGCCUUACACAAUUCAGAAUGUAAGGGCCUUAACCCGGGUAUCUUUUGACCCACCUGCGAGUUAAUGGAAACGCCGAAACCCGGAUAACUUCUGACCCACUUGCAACAACAGCAACGUUUAAAAAUUGAGAUGGCGCCAAAAAUAAAAAAACAAAAUCCUCGAUGUCCAGGGGCGGAUCCAGAGGGGCGCGAAAGGGGCUCGAGCACCCCUCAGAUUUGAGGAAAAACUUUUUGGGGAUUAAAGCUUAUUCUAUCGCAAUUUUGUUUAUAAUUAUUUAAACCAUUUAUUAUCUCUUUUACCGAGAAGUAUGCACAUCUCCUGAAAUUGUUAUAUCCGCUUCAAUGUCCCGUCUCACAACUGUUCAACAUUGUUAUUUCAGUCCAUGCAUUGAAGUGUUAUCAAACUCCCCCUGGUUGUACUGUAUAGCAUUCUACAGACUCGGAAAGCAUUGUCUCCUCUUAUAACCAGCCACUUGAGGAACCCGUGGCCUGUAAAUUAUACGAUUUUCUGCACCCGUGGAAGUGAAUCUAGCCAAUCACGGUGCCAGGUCAAGGGGUUCUAAACUUUGGCGCGAGAACCCAUGGAUUUCAAAAAUCCAAAACAUCAAAGAAUACCGACAAACCAGGGGGAGUUUCUUCGCUUCAAUCUACAGUCAAAUGUAUAGUGGUUUUAUGACCAGGGGGAGUUAAGCUUGAACAGGGGGAGUUGAGGUUGACCAGGGGGAGUUGAAUUAUGAUACAGCACGCGACGAAUGCUUAGGUGAAGUGCAAAUUUGCAAUAUGUUUUCGUAGGUCUUUUGACGAUCUUUACCUGGUGCUCGAUGCUGUAACGGCAGAACUUGUAAACGCUUUGGUUUAUAUAACAGAACGGUUUCAAGUUUCAACUCCGUGUUUCACGUCUUAUUCAUAGACCAUGAGGUAUGAUUUAUAUUCAGAGGAUAAAGCUUGCCCGAGCCCUUGUUAUUCUUUUGUUAAUCAUUCAAGAACUACAUACAAAACAUCUCAAAAACUUGCCCAUAGUAUUCUUGACCAAAAGGGGUUUUCUUCUUAUUCCUGCUUACAUUCCUACGAAUACUUUUUUCUCUAAAGAUUUCAAAUUCAUAAAAAUACUCAAAACGGCAGGCCCAUAGCGAAACGUUCAGGGCCUCAUUUGUUUGGUUUGGUAUCAAAUGUCAAUGCAUGCCAUGCAUGCUGUGUUUGAAUCCCUGUGUUCAACUUUUGUCCGACUUUUUUCUAUUGUUCUAUUGUCUCUAAUGACGUGCACUGCACUUCAUGUUCAAGGGCUUCAUUCCACCAGCCAUGAUCAAGUUCUAAUAAAUGGCUGCAAAGAGUCAAUAAACUUUGCUUUGGAAAUUUGUGGGCUCGGGCCUUUUGCCACUGCGGGCAAUGAUAUCAUAUUUGACUACAGUUUCUAUACUUUUGUAACCUAAGUGAAUAUGAGGGGGAGAGCUGCAAAUUGCGUUUGGCAUAAAAGCUGGAGCCAAAGUUCCAAGUUCUGAUCAAAGUGUAGCAAAAAUUACUAUAUCAAUCGCGGCAUCCAGGCUUUUUAGUUUAUGGAAGACUUUCAUUUCAUUAUGGCUUAUUAGCAGGGGGUACGGAGUUUGUGCAUAGCAACACCCUUGGUUACCAAGCUUUACGUUUUAGCACCCCUCAGAAUAAUUUCUAGAUCCGCCCCUGAUGUCGAUGAAACUUCCGUUGGCCCAUGAUGGAAAUUGAAGGAUUAUUCAUGCAAAUACUGAUCUCAACUUACAACUCUGUUACCCUGGGUACCAGACUCACUAUAUAUGAAAAAAAUUUUUUUUUCAUAUAUUGUGAGUCUGGUACCCAGGGUACAACUCUGUGCGUUUUCACCAGAGGUGGCGCCAGAAAUCUUCCGACAGAGGGGCUGGAGCUUCCGACAGGGGGGCUAAAAUGACUAAAAUAAGCAGUUUUCAUACGUUUUUUUGUCAAAUUUGCUCCGACAAUAACCUAAAACUUCCUCCGAUGGGGGGGGGCUAGAUGCUCCCGACGGAGGGGCUGUAGCCCCCCUAGGCCUCCCCUGGCGCCACCACUGUAUUUCACCCUGGAUACAUUUUAACCCAGCUUAGUUGGAACGAUCAAAAACGGAUAAAAACGGGUCGAAGAAAAAUGCCGUUUCCAUUGACUCACUUUAAAAACGGAUAACUUUUAACCCGGUAAUGUUUUAACCCGGCCUAUAGGCUACCAAAGUUUUUGUCGUCCUGCCCCAGAUCAGGACGAGAUCUGGAGAACGGAAAUGUUAGCAAUUAACGCAUUUUUCUGGUGCCACACAAAACCCAAAGUCAAAUCAUUCUUUGUUUUAAACUACAUUACAUUAGCCUAACAGCAAACAACCACUUCACAUACGAACUGCAGCGCGCACGAAUUUCCAAGCGGAAUAUCUUUGUCAAAUUUGAAAAAGUAUUCUCGAUUUUCCACUGUGACAAGUAUAAUGAGUUUUAUGUUAAGUCAAAAAUCAGUUCGUCUAGGGCCUAUCAUUGGAAAUGUAGUUAAUUAUUAUUAAGUACAAAGACGACAACCUUGUGGUAAACGAUAUGUGAAUUACAUAACAGCGUAGGCAUUAUCGUGAAAAGUUGUUGCUCUUGCUUACCGAUCUGAUGUCCAUCCCAGUACGAUCGCACCGACAGCCCAUGAGACAAAAACCAAAGAUGUUGCCAAGUAGCUGUAUACUUCAGUUUCGCAGUAUAGGUCAAACUGUUGAAAAUAUGCUCCUUUGCUUACAGACUAUUUGUGACUAAAUAAGGCAUAAACCAUCAGCCCCCUGGAAAGCUUAAUAUUUUUGGCACUUUCGUAAGUCAAGGGGGGCUCAUUUGAGUAGAGGAGUGGGGCUUAUAAAAAUCAACUGCAAGUUGUCAUAAAAGGAACCCCUUUCGUACCUUUUUUAAUUUGUUCAAGAUAAUUUUGUUUGCAAUUAUACUUGCUAACACUUUGUUAGGUAUCCUACCAAAGUAUACAUCAAAGCAUUAAAAAAUAUUUUAGUCCUCAUCAUUGAUAUUUUUAUUGUCUUUUCGUCAAUGCCUCGUUUUGUCUAAGCUUUUUCAUUCCCCACUUUAAUGUGCCAUCACUCAUUAGCUAGAAUGGUGUAUCUUUCCGUUACAUCUCGUUCAAACCCCCCAUGGGGCUUAUUUUGCCGUAAGGGUUGGGGAUUUUUCGAGGCGGCCUUAUUCGAGGCAGGCUUAUUCAAAGCGGUCAUAUACGAAGCGGGCUAAAGUGAUGAAAUCACAAAAAAUUAUUUUUAGAAUUUUUGAAUUUGGAUCCCAAAACCUGAAAAAGCAUUAUAACAUACCUCUGAAUGUGCAAAAUCAGUCAAAUGUGUUUCAAAUUGGCUGAGAUAUAGCCACAUGUGCACUACAUGUGCUCUGGCUCUUUCACUAUCAAACCCUUGUAUUUUUGUCUUUGUUCAUAACUUUUUGAAUACGAAGUACGAACAGAGCCAAAAGAACAAUGAUUGGUUAGCAAACGUCAAAUCUUUCAUUGGUCAUAUCUCACUCGAUUUUAGACAUAUUUGGCUGAUCUUGCAUAUUUAAAAGCAUUUCAUUGUGUUCUAUUAUGUUAAAAUUGCUAGAAUGUAGUUAGAUUGAAAAAGUCUAAAAAAUUUCACCUAGCCGCAAAACCCACUGCUUUGGAUAACCAAAUUUCUUCCAAUUUUCCUUUCUAAACACGCCUUUAACCAUUGUUGCACUGCUCAUUUUAGUAAAAUUUUCUUGUGUGUUCCCAGUUAUAAUUUGUCUAGCGCGCAUUGCAAGUUAUGCAGACAAUAUUGUCAAAAAAAGUUGAUUUUAUUUUAUCGAAAUUGUACUGAUUGUCAAUACGGGGCCGUAAAGUAGCAAGGCAUACCUGAGUCAUGAUUGAAUAUUCCUUCGGCUUUGUGAAUUGCCAUUCUGACCUCGGCAUUUUGCAUCUCUCUUUGUAAAACUUACUCUGUGUAUCGUAUGUGCCAUUUAGAUGACAAACUGUGCUGUUGGCGACGCACAUCCAGGGAGGGUUGUGUUGCGCAAAAUAUGGUAUGAGUAUAAGCAUUGACCCUGGGAAGAUCAUUAUGCAAAAUGCUAUUUCAAGAAGAAUCUGAAACUUUCCGAAUUCACCAAUUAAAGGCAAAACGUCAUCAAUGCUCAAUGGCUCUGUCGGGAUAUCAAGUGGUGUAGCCAUUUCGAGUUGAUUUUGAGUUACGAGUUGCGUUGAGCGGGCACUAUAGAGCGUCGAGAUAACUCCCAAACUCUGCUUGUAGUAGUUUCAAAACUCUAACAUGGAUGGCGGAUGUCAACCUUAUCUCGGUCAAUUAGUUUACGGUUCAUCUGUUGUUGCAUUGUAUUGUGUUGUUGCAAUAUAUCUUUGUUAUUUAUCCGACAGUCUCAUUCCACAGGCCUAGUCUCCAGACGAAAUUCUUUUAUUUUAUAUAAAAGGGAGUCUGGUACCCAAGGUACCAACGAUAAUGAAGAGAAUGAAAAUUAUGAAGUUAGAGCCUAUGAAGUUAGAUCCUGGACAAAAAUACGAGUCGUGGUUUCGGCACCUCACCACUGUGUUUCGUGGAUUCUAUGAGUCGUUUUAGACAUUCGAUGCACCGAGUUGUUGGUCGAGUCGUCGACUCGUCUAAAAGCAAAGGGACUAACGCGCUGAAAAACGUUGUCGUGCAGCGAUUCGGUGCAUCGAAUGACUAAAACGACUCAUAGAAUCCGCGAAACUCAGUGGUGAGGUGCCGAAACCACGAUUCGAUAUUUUUGUCCAGGAUCUAACUUCAUAGAAAAUAAGACGAACCGAACUACUCGAAUAAAACAUGUUAUACCAAUUAAACCAUAAGAAAAUUAGUCGGAAAUCUUGCUACAGACCUAUUUUCUACGCAAAAAUCUCAAUGGCUAAAUAGUUUCCCCAUUUCUUAAAUUCUGCUUGCAGUAUAACGGAAGUUUUAUCGUGUUCUGUUUUCGCCGUGUAUCGAGCUGGGAUAACCAAACUGACUUCGCGCUUUCGUUUACCAGCGAUUCGGGCGUUUAUUGUGUUGUCUCCUUGCUGAUUUAGGAAAAAAAUCCAGCACCCUUGACCAUUGUGAUUAAUGCUCCAUCUGCUUUAUUUACACCCUCAAUGCUUCUUCGCGAUUAUCUUUCUUGAUUGAAAGAGACUCAUUCAGUCUUCAACUUAGCCGCCUUUGUAAUUUGUUGCCCCCUUAGUGCUGCACUGAACUUUACCUUUUAUUUCAUAGUGAAACUGAAAUCUAUCGGUGUAGCACGAGCUAUUUUUUGCAAGAUGAAACGAGUUGUUGCUUAUUAUAAUUGAACCUUGAUUCUGGUUUACGUCCGGAAGACUAGUUGCCAUGGAACCCUCUCUCUCGUUACCCUAUCACAGUGACCUGAGCCCCACUUCCCACCGGGCCAACAAACAGAUAGGGGCCCCAAUAAUUAUUCGAAAGUUUUAUAUGGUACCAUAGGGUUUCUUUUGCUCGAGCUUCUUAUCAGUGCACAAAUGCACAACCUUAACGUGAGCAAACUUAAAAAAUUGAUAUGUAUGAUUCCAUCUUUUACGAACUGAAAAAUGGCACCCAACUUCACGAAAGAUAACCUCUUCACAACCUAAUACAUCUAUCAAGCAAUGUAAAAUUAUUAAAUGUCUUUGCCAAAAUCUUUAUACAAUAUACAACAACAGGUCCGUCGGAACCGGGGAGCUGGAGGGACUUAUAUUUGUCAAACCGUAGCAUAUUUUCUUCAUAACAGUAGCCUGCGUGCAGACUCGACUAUGGGAAAAUCUGCGAUACUCCGGAUUUCAGACCUGGCUUAACCUGAAUUCAUCUGUACCAACCUGAACCAAACCACACACUUAAAGCCUGAACCCACAACAGCACAGGUGUCAACUCUUCAUUGGCUGCAAUAGGAAUCACCAAAGCAUGACUCCCCGUCAAAUUUAGCUAAAUCAAAAUGUGAGAAAUGAGGGAGGAUCUUCUUACAUCUUAUUGCAAAUUUGUCCUUGAAGCACUAUAUUCACAUGCUGUUGCUCAUUUUAAAGUCAUAUGCCGGCUAGAAUAGAUUUUUAACUGUAUGAGAUUCAAAAAAUUACUUCUCAGAGAUAUAUCUAAGCUGUAAAUCUGGUAUACAAUUUAUAGAAUUAUUGAUAAUAAAUUUAUACCAUACUUACAUGAAUAUAUCGUUUAUUAUCUCCUAAACGUUCUUUUAUAAACAUAUUUCAUACAUCCACAUUGAGUUGGUAUAGAUAAGGUAACAAAAACGGAUGUCAUGUCAGAUAAAUGUGUUUAUGUUCUGUUUGGAAAUUUUUUACUGGGCUUGCCUUCGUAAUUAAUAGUGUCCAAAGUGGGUAGAAAAUUUCAGACCAAGAUAUCUUUCAAAACUGGUACAUUUACCAUAUGGCAUGAACUGAUAAGAUACAUAGCAUAGUGCGCAUACCCCACAUGGAGUCUACUGCAGCCGAGCGCCGUGGGCGUUUGCUCACUCUCUCGCCAGAAUCCAGCUCAUUCUGCGAUUCUACAUUUUUAGGAAUACAAAGCUCCAUGGGAUGCGUUUUAUGAUAUUUACGUGCACCAUAAACAAGUCUCGCACCUUUAUUAAGUGUGUUCCUUCCAGAUUUAACAAGUCUGUGUGACCACACUAAGAUCUGCUAAAUGUGCUACCUACUUCAAAAAUGGGAUAAUUUAUGCGUUAGAUAGAAAAGCCGUUUUUACAGGGAGUGUCAUCAACCACCUUACCAUCAAAUUAUUCAUCAACAAAAGAAGAAAAUUAUCUUCCAAAUAUCAGAUGGUCAGGGGUUUCUGCUUUUUAGAAGAGGGCGUAUGCAUUGCCUACGUUUGUACCAAUUUACGCUCAUAAACACAAAAAAGCAUAACGUUGUGCAAGAAUGUGAACCUUUUUCACAUUCCAUCUUAUAAACAUGAAUCAUUGCCAGGGAAUUCCAGAAACACAGAAACACGGGAAAUUAUGCAGAAGUUUUCUGUUAACAAAAUGAAACCAAAUCUUCAGCAUAUACUCUAGCAGUUACGUCAUAUGAUCAAACAGUCAUAUCAACCAUUUUCAUUCUUUCUCCGCACAAAUCUUCAGCUUUCACUAGCUUUCACAUUGUGAUCUCCCAACGAUUCCAAGGUCUUCUUAUCGGCUGUUUCGGGAAGCCAGAGCAACAGGAUGGCACAAAUGACAGCGGAGCCGCCCAUUAUUGAAAAAGGUAGCACCACAUGGAAGACCAUGAGCGAUUUUGCAACCCACGGUGCCAUUGCAGAACCAAGUCGACCAGCGAUUUGCAGAUAGCCCAUUCCAGCACUUCUGUAUAAGAUAAAAUUUAGGCAAGGUAAGAAGCUUGAUCGAAAAGGAAAAUUUCAUUUCGUUGCCAAAUAUUUAGAUUGUCUUUGCAAAAUAAUUGAACAUCAACAUUGAGUGACGGCCUUAGGUUACUAUAAAGCAGACAGAACAAUAAAACAGUUAUGUCUUCCUGUACACAGACUGCUGAAAGAAGCAUCGCCUCCCCUUUGUAAUGAUUAUGUUACUGCAGUAGUGUAGCAAGGGGGCAAGGGUGUGACCGGCCCCUAAUGCUCUGAAAAUUAGACUCUGAGAAAAGCAAAAAUCUGCAAUAGAAUUAGCAUCUCACGAGAGAGCUGUGAAAUUUUAGACACUCCAGUGCUUUUAUUUGUCCCUAAACAAUUCACUAGCCCUGCAGAUGUACACCAUUCUUCUCCUAUUCGAGGAAGAAACUGUAAUCUUAUGAAAGAGCCAUUGAAACCUUGAACUGCCACUUGGACUAAGUGACUUGAUGCUUGAUGGUAGUUAAGAUAAAAGAUUCUUUUUGGGACCAAGCUUCAGCGCCCCUUUAAAAAAGUGCCCCCGGUGACAACUCUUUCCAGGGAGACAAGUGCUUACCUUAUAACGGUUGGAUAAAGCUCAGCAGACCACGUGUAGAUUGAAUUGUACGACAUAGUGAUGCAAAACUUUCCAAGUACACCAAAGAAUACACGCAGCCCGAUCAAAUCUAAAAGGAAAACAAUGUUGAUUGUACCAAUGAUCAUCGAAUCAAAAGAGCAAUUACACUUGGGGAAUUAAACUAUAAGUUAAAAAGAAUACGGAAACAUUUUACAUUGACAUUUAGAACCUGCGAUCUCUAAAGCUUUUCUAGUCAAAUUCAAAUUUACUGAUUUGAUACUGUGGCGUAGAUAGAUGGUGGUAAGAGGUGGCGAAAAACCUGCCUGUUAGGCUUAAUUGCUAUUUGUUGGAAAUGCCCCCGAGGAGAAAUCCAAAAAAACCUUGAAGAAUUAUGAUUUAUGACACUGGAGUUUGAAUACUUUUUAAGAGUUUGUGUUCUGUUUUAUCUCGGUUCUAAUGUAGAUAUGUUAUGUUCAAAUUUAUGAAGACAUGUAGGCUGGAUUUAAAUUUCUCGCCCUUCCUUUGAAUUCCCCAACUACACCACUUAUUUAAUUACAUCCAUACCCCGGAUGGACUCAAAUACGAAAAACAGUGAAAUCGUCAUGCAGAAUAUACCGGCUACUGUUUUUAAAAAGGCCGUUUCAAGGAGAUACUAUCACAAAGAGGGGCGCCUUUAGUAAGGAUAUCACUAUAUAUCUUCUAAAUACUUUAAAAAUCAUUCCUGUCAUCGACUUUUUAAUGCCUAGGGAAUCGGGGGUGACUAGCCAGAAAGUCAUUUCCACCUUAUUAAGAAAUGAUAAACGACAAUAUUAAAAUCUUCCUACCUUUUUUCAGACCUUUCUAAAAUUAUAUACUAGCUGCAUUAAUAUACCCUCCCCCUUCUCCAAAAACUCGAUCGUUCCCCUUUCUUAAGGCAUUGCUUCACAAUUAGUAUGGCGUCAACGUACCUGAUGUCUUUCCUCCUGUCUUUACAGGAAUCAAGGAGACCGCAAUGCAUGACAUCCCGGAUAUAAACAUGGGAAUUAAAACAGUCUUCUUUCGUCCGAUUCUGUAGAGAGAAAGUGCAGUGCGUAAGUCAUUUUAGUUAACAUCUAGUAUGCCUACUAUGGAGAAGUAAGGUUCAAGGUGGGACCUCUCCAAAACGUCUUGUUAGAAGCAGCAAAAGUGGUUUUUUAAAAGCACAGUUGUCUGAGAUUUAUUUUAAAGAAGCAAGAACGUUUCCUAGAAGAAUUUUCAAUUCGUAAGAGACAUAAAUCGUUAAAAAACGCUCCGUUAUGAAGAAUUCAAACAUAGCAUUUUAAAAGGGUGACAAAAAAAUCGUGUUUUGUGUAUAAUGCAUUAUUCUGAAGUCAAAAGAAGCCACAGGUACCACAAAAUUUGAAGACAGCAUGGAAAAGUGGGAACAUCGCAUUCUAAAGCAUUUUUGAUCCACCACUUCUAAGAGUGUAAACGGUCGGAUGAUCACAAAAGGUUAGCAGAAUGUUGUAUCCAGAUUACACUUAAGGGUGAAAAUGGCCUGUUUGAUCAUGGUUUGAUUGGUUUCUUCUUAGAGUGAAAAGUAUUGCAAUAUGCUUUGUUCACGCUUUUGCAUGCUUUCUUCAAAAUAUUCUAAACUCGAAUUACAGCGAAAGAAACAGCUUACUUGUUGCAACAAUAUAUCGCAAGUGUAGUUGCUGGCAAGUCGACCAGACUUGCGAGAAUGUAGUCACGAUACAUGUUCCCGCUAAAGUCAUCAGCACCAAAGGAAACGCCGAAAAAAACCAAGCCACCGACCACCCUGAAAGUAGAAUUAAUCGAAUAUUAUUCUGAACAGCAUAGCCUCCAACAGGGUGUGAACCAAAGUUUUCUAUAAAGUGAAAAAGGCGUGAGCCUAAAUUUGACGACGCAAGAAAAGAAAGACUGUAAGUUACUGAAGCGAUGUAAUCAAAAUGAUUAUAACCAGAGAACGCUAAUCGAAAUGUUUGGCAUUUGUAACUUUAGAGUAGCUUUAGCAGCUUUUUAGGAUCGCAAAAUAUUGCUUUGUAUUUGCAAUCCAGUGGUCUUUAUAAUGGUAAAUGCAAAAGUAAACGAAGAAACUGAAACAUGAAAUAACUGUGGUCAAAAGAAAAUAAAACUUACAAAAAUACACAGUCUUCGUGGUUGUAUUGCUUAAAAUGGCAGAAGAAUGAGCCAUAUUUGACAAAAGCAUAAAAGGAUCAAGGCCUAUUGCUUUUUAUGAUGAGCUAGUCGAAACAAUUGUAUACCAUUUCCAAGUUAUAUGUAAUUCCUUAAAUGGAAUGAGACAAGAUAACACCUGGUUUACAAGACUGAAAUGAGGCAAAGAGAACGGGGUUUCUUUGUUACUGCCAUUAACCUCCUAAUCAGUAUUAAAUGUUGCUACCGCUAACCGGCUCGGCAUUGCUUCUUCGUCAUCUGUUUGAUAAAAACGUUGCCAACGAUGCAUGCCCGUAGAAGUAUACUUACCAAGCACAUCCUUGGAUCAAACUCCUAAUAGCGACUUUCUUAGGCUUGAAUAGAUGGAGAUAAUGUGUCAGCCCAGGCGAGCAGUCCAUUGGAACUGGCUUCAAUGUUAUAUCCGGCAGCUCUUUACCAUUAAACUUGGCAAUCCUUCGAAAUAUCGCAACCGCUUCGUCAGUUCUUCCAUUUACAUGAAGCCAUCUUGUGGACUCCGGAAUGAACCUUGCAUUGAACAAAGAGUAAGCAAUAAGGAAUAAAGCAAACAGGAAUGUGGGGUCGGAAUCCUUCCAGGGCAAAAAAUGUGAAACUGCACCAUGUGGAUUAAAUAAUUAUUUUGUUCAUACCCUAAUUUGCAGAAGCUUUUGGUUGACAAUAAUUACAAAAAUAGAGAAUUGAGGCACAUUAAUUUAUCAGGUAGCACAAAAAUUAGCAGUUUUCUGACUUUAACCCAUAACCCUUGGUGCAAUAGUUGCAGCUGUCACAAAAUAUGCAAAAAAGCUUCUUAACGCAUCCGCACUAGCUAAUAAGGUCAGUUCAUUCGUUACUUAUGAUUCCAAACUCUUAGCUUUUUUUAAGGUGCAAUGAUAACUAAUUUAAACAGUUUGAUAAGAACAGUAGCCUCAAAAGAAAAAGGAAGAACAAGCUGAGCUAGUGUAGAAUGUAAUUUCUAACAAUGUUGUAAAAUGUGUAAGAAGCAAGAAACGCAAGAUAUGCCGUCUGCCGGAUUCUAUGAACCUUGCAAAGAGUAAUAAUACGAAUAAUAGUCGAAAACAAAGCGACACAACGACGAGAAUCCAACGUAGUUAAAGAGAAUUUUAAAAUAAAUUAAAUUUGAUAAAUACUAAUAUUGCGCCCUGGCAUACAGAGCUUCAUCAGAGUAAAAUUAUUAAUGUUGUGAAGUCCCCUUGAAAGGUUUCAGUUAAAAAACGAGGAGCUUUUUGCCAUCCAGGGGGACUUUUACAGUUAAUUUUCAAACCUCAAGAUCUCGAGAGGUUUUUAGAGACAUUGUUAGGAACAGGGAAUAUAUUUUGAAAUGUUGUCGACGAAAAGGAGAACACAUACACUUUUGGGACAGAAAAUAUCGCUCAUAGACAUUCAAACUAGUGUCAGUUAUGGUAUUGUCUUUCAGAUUUUCAGCAGUCUGUUUUGGUUCCAAGACAUCGGACCAUUUGUUUCAAAAUGUUUCCACAUAUUCAACUCAAAAUCUAAUGGUAAAAGUUCACAAAAAUUUACUCACUUGAAAAAUAAAAAUGUAACAAAAUAUGGGGCUGUAACGACUAUCAUCAAAAUCUUCCACGUUUGAACGAAGAUUGCUAUAACUCCAAGCAAUACUACGCUGAGAGCAAACGAAACCAAAGGGAGAUCCCAGCGAAUGGACGCCAUUUUGGGCCUACAAACUCUGAAAUGAGCACAAACAUCUGUAUAUGUGCUCCAGAAAGGAAAAAACCCAUUAACGUGCGUGUUAGAAUGUAGAACCAAAGGGUCGGAGAAAACGAAGUGAUGAAGCCAAUCACGACGAGUAUCGCCAUGGAAGGCAGCAGUGUUAACCUUCGUCCAUACCUGAAAAAAAAAGAAUUUAAGUUCAAGCUAAAAAGUGAGCAAUCAUAUAUUCGACCGUAAACAUUUGUCUAAGAGAGAAUGAAUGCUCUUCACCUAGAAGCUUGUAAGGAUUUACCACAAGCAUGCCCACUGAGCUUCAUUCUAUUUAGAAACAACAUACCUUAGUCCCUUCAAAUUUCGCCUGCCUUUAAUUUUCGCCCCGGAGGGGGCGGGAAUUAAAGAGGGUGAACUAUGAAAAUAUUUGAUGGGGCGAAAAUUAGAGGUAGCGAAAAUUAAAGGGAACUUAAAAAAUCUAUUUUCUAUAAUAGAACCUUAGUCUUUAGGCCCUUUAAGAAAACUUCAAGUUACCAUCUUUGCGCGCGUCAAAUUUUCAUCAUGCGUUGAUUGCUUUCAUUGUUACAGUUCUCAUCUAGUGACUUUCUGGAAAAAUAUCCAUACUGAAGGUCAUAAAAAAAACUUCUUAAUCCUUAAAAUUUUGACAAAGAUGAUAAACUUAUGUCUUUUUAAGGGGCCUUACUGUAGUUCAAAAUAAAAUCCAUUAAUCUUCGAUAACGAUAAUAUUGUCCUCUCCAAUGUCUGGAGGGUGAUUUUGUUCUUCCAUUUCCAAAGUGUUAUCAUCCUCAGGGCCAUAUUCGUCCAAAUCAUCAGCGGCCAAUCUCUCCUCGCCUUCAGUUUGGUCAGAAGAUACUAUCAUCUUCUCUGGCUCAAUAUAGUAGUCUUGCAGAUAUUCUUUCAUUCGAUUGAAGAGAGAACUUGGCGCCUUAUCCUUUUUAACGAUUAGUACAAUCGGUAUUUCGAGUUAGGAAUUGGCGAUCUUCUAUACUUGUUGUCUCGUACACGACCUUCUAAAGCGCCUCCAUAAUUCAAGAAAAAAUGGCAAAAGCGAUCUUGGAAACCAAGUUUCCAAGCAAAAAAAGAUUUUUCAGAGGCCCGAGUGUAGUUCCAUGCAGCAUGAACGUUCAUUUCUUGGAAACUGAUUAGGUCAAAGCUUUGAAAUUUAAAGUUUUUGGGGGCGAAAAUUGAAAGGAGCGAACUUGUGCACAAAAGGGAGCGAAAAUUAAAGGGGCGAAAAUUAAAGGGAGCCAAAAUUGAAGGUAGGCUAAAUUUGAAGGGACUAAGGUAUCACAUGACGGCUGUGGAUCUGGUCCUUCAAGCUCUUGUUUGGCCUAUGCGUAAUUGGACUCGCUAUAGUAAAAAAUUCUUCAGCUGAAUAUGUCACAUUCCGUGAUGAUUGGCUUAAAAUUCAUGUCGAACAAUAAUUAUAAUAAUAAUAAUAAUAAUAAUAAAUUUAUUUACAGUAGGCGGGUAUAAUAUAGCUGUUUAUGUACAAUUUGUGUACAAGCGAACAAUGUCGAGCAAUUCAGACGGUGACGUUUUGCAGUGGACAUGGGCUUGCUGCACAUCUUCAUUAGAUUAAUGAUGAGAAGACAAAACUGUACUGAGGUUUUGCUUUUGAAGAAAGGAUCUUUCGCACUGCCUCUAGCCCUACAUCGGGAUGUUUAUAUAAUAGCUUUGGUUUGAAGAUGGCACAUUACAUUAGCCUAACAGCAAACAACCACUUCACAUACGAACUGCAGUGCGCACGAGUUUCCAAGCGGAGAUCCGAUUAUUUUUGUCAAACUUGAAAAAGUAUUCUCGAUUUUCCACUGUGACAAAUAUAAUGAGUUUUAUGUUAAGUCAAAAAUCGUGUAAAACCACUUAAAAAGGGGGUUUUACAAAUGUGAGUUCGUAGGUCGUUCGCAGAAACGUACACGAUAAAUACGGCAAAAACUGUUAUCCAAUUCUCUAUACACUUCUUCUGAUUCAUCAGUUCACGGCAAACGACUAAAAAUAUCUUAAAUGGCUAACGGCGAAAAUUUAACGGCAAACACAAUUCUGCAAGCUAGCGACAAGGUACACUGAGUUCGACAAAGCUUACGGCAAGACUAACUAUAAAGCCACCCCUUAUAUACCCUAAGCAGGCGCGCAACUACAGGGGGGGUCCUGGGGGUCUAGACCCCUGCCCUUUUUUCAAAAAGGGAAAGUGCCGUUUUUCUUGGAAAAUUGCUUGAAUAUUUUUAUCAUCGCGCUAAAAAGAAUGGUCAUAAAUGACACAUUCCAGCGAUGUAAUGGACCUCGCAGAAAUACAGGUAAAUGAUUCAGUCAGACUUUCAUGUAUUUGUUGGGUCGAACGUUAUCAUGUUAUAGUAAUAGAGCCUACGUUGAAACCCCAACUCUACAACGUGUUUAAUGAUGCGCUACGCAUUGGUUUGAAGAAGAAUGGUUCUAAGACUCAAAAACCUCUAUGACCACUCGUAAAAAAGCUACAAGAAAGAAACCAACACAUCAAUCAAGCCUGUCCCAUGGUCCAUAAAAUUUACAGGGUCAUAGAGGACUUUUGCAUGGAACGAGCGAUUGUAGAGGAACUUUCGCGGACUGGUAUUAGCAAGCAGUGAAGACGGCACAAUAAGUUGAUGUUCAACUGUUCCAUUCCUUGUCAGUAUUACAACCGAGCUGAAGUCGCGACUUGCAGACAAAAAACCAGCUGAACUCAAAGGUCGUGGACCUGCUCAACCUCCUCCCAUCUGUAAUGCGAAGCAAAGAAUUAAAUGUUCUUAAGGCCGUUCACAUUUUCAAGAGCAAAUUGACUUCGAAUAUGGAAGAUGACGGGCUGCUUUUCAAAAGUGAGCUGGCACUGGGAAAAGGAGAUGACAGCAGGGUCGCCGAGAGGAGGUAAAUUGCCCCUCUCGGGGCUUGAGGUUUAGGGGGCAUCAUAAAGCAAUGAACUCCGUUUUAACAUGGAAUUAAUUAUAGAAGUAAAAAAAUACACUUAAAAAAGUAAAUCGUUAUGAACGAAUAAAUAAAUUUAACCUAUUCGUAAGGGCGUGGUCAUAAUUUUUUUGCUCGCUUCGCUCGCAAGAGACUUCGUCUUUUCAGUUCCCUCUCGGGCCUCCAAAACCUCUCGGCGGUCCUGGAUGACAGACAGAAAGGGAAAGUCCGCUGAGAUUGGAAAAACUGGACGAAGCAAUCACAAUAUUUUUCUUUUGAUCAGUUUUCUUUGCCUGGCGUACAAUAUUUACAGGUUUGCUAACUGCUCAUAUUUUCUGCGUAUCCAAACAAAUGCCCCGGUGGACCUUCGGCGUGCAUGAAGUGCACCCUGGCAUAUCUUCUGUUUCUAAACGUGAAAAUAUAAAGCAGGCUAUGACUGAAUAAAGUUUUUUCUUAGUGCCCUUUUUGUGUCUUGGACCCCUGCCCUCUGAAAUUCCUGGUUGCGCGCCUGCUAAGAAUAAUACAACCGCAGGAUAGGCUGUCCGCCGGAUUCUGUGAAUCUUGCAAUGAGAUUUUAAAAUGAAAGCUAUACAGGAACAAAGCAAUACGACGACGAGAAUCCAAUGUCACGAAAUAAAUUUUCAAAAUAAAUUAAAUUUAAGAGUAUACUAAUGAAUGGGAACCCAUUGUUCUAACAUAGCCCCCUCCUUUGAAAACAAGCCUCCUGGCUUGGUCUUCUUGUGGCGUUUCUUCUUCGCAUUUAUACAACAUGCCUUGAAACUCUUUUCUUUUUGGUAAUGAGAAUAGUGGUGAUGAUGAUCUGCACAGAUGUGAUGGGGCUAACAGUAUAUCGGUGAUUGACGUCAUUUCUUUGAAUAUCGUUGUCAGGGGCGUUUUGAAAAUUUCUGCCUCGUCGAACUCUAUUGUUUGGCCCAAUUGCUCUUUCAUCAAGUUAGCAAGCUCUUUUGUUAUGUCUUCUAACUUGCGGAACAACUUGCCCAGAAGGGUUCAGUUGUGGUUUGGGUUGUCAUUCUCGUCCGAAUUUCGGCUUCAAAAACUGGGCCCAUUUUUGCAUUCACAGGCAUAGAAGCUUUUCCUUGCAAUGGUUGCUGCUUCAACGGGCGUCUUCUGCAAUAUUUGACCACGUGUCCCACUCUUUUGCAGUAAUUGCAAAUCGGCUGGUCGUCUGUGGUUCGCAGGUAUCGAUAAGUGCUCAUCUUCUGUUCCUUCGGCUCGGCUGUCCUCACACGGGGUAACGAGGGGGUUUUACAAAUGUGAGUUCGUAGGUCGUUCGCAGAAACGUACACGAUAAAUACGGCAAAAAUUGUUAUCCAAUUCUCUAUACACUUCUUCUAAUUCAUCAGUUCACGGCAAACGACUAAAAAUAUCUUAAAUGGCUAACGGCGAAAAUGUAACGGCAAACACAAUUCUGCAAGCUAGCGACAAGGUACACUGAGUUCGACAAAGCUUACUGCAAGACUCAACCUAACUAUAAAGCCACCCCUUAUAUACCCUAAGAAUAUUACAAUUUACAGAAGCUGAUGCAAUUGCAGCGCAAUGAUGCAAUUGUCAUGUGAUGUCCUGCAAUGAAUGGGAACCCUGUGUUCUAACAAUCAGUUCGUCUAGGGCCUAUCAUUGGAAAUGUAGUUAAUUAUUACUUAGUACAAAGACGACAACCUUGUGGUGAAUUACAUAACAGCGUAGGCAUUAUCGUGAAAAGUUGUUGCUCUUGCUUACCGAUCUGAUGUCCAUCCCAGUACGAUCGCACCGACAGCCCAUGAGACAAAAACCAAAGAUGUUGCCAAGUAGCUGUAUACUUCAGUUUCGCAGUAUAGGUCAAACUGUUGAAAAUAUGCUCCUUUGCUUACAGACUAUUUGUGACUAAAUAAGGCAUAAACCAUCGAAUCAGCCCCCUGGAAAGCUUAAUAUUUUUGGCACUUUCGUAAUUCAAGGGGGGCUCAUUUGAGUAGAGGAGAGGGGCCUGUAAAAAUCAACUGCAAGUUGUCAUAAAAGGAACCGCUUUCGUAGCUUUUUCAAUUUGUUCAAGAUAAUUUUGUUUGCAGUUAUACUUGCUAACACUUUUUUAGGUAUCCUACCAAAGUAUACAUCAAAGCAUUAAAAAAUAUUUUAGUCCUCAUCAUUGAUAUUUUUAUUGUCUUUUCGUCAAUGCCUCGUUUUGUCUUAGCUUUUUCAUUCCCCACUUUAAUGUGCCAUCACUCAUUAGCUAGAAUGGUGUAUCUUUCCAUUAUAUCUCAUUCAAGCCCCCAUGGGGGCUUAUUUUGCCGUAAGGGUGGGGGCUUUUUUUGCCGUAAGGGUGGGGGAUUUUUCGAGACGGGCUUAUUCGAGGCAGGCUUAUUCGAAACGAUCAUAUACGAAGCGGGCUAAAGUGAUGAAAUCACAAAAAAAUAUUUUUAGAAUUUUUAAAUUUGGAUCCCAAAACCUAGAAAAAGCAUUAUAACAAAUCUCUGAAUGUGCAAAAUCAGUCAAAUGUGUUUCAAAUUGGCUGAGAUAUGGCCACAUGUGCACUAAAUGUGCUCUAGCUCUUUCACUAUCAAACCCUUGUAUUUUCGUCUUUGUUCAUAACUUUUUGAAUACGAAGUAGGAACAGAGCCAAAAGAACAAUGAUUGGUUAGCAAACGUCAAAUCUUUCAUUGGCCAUAUCUCACUCGAUUUUAGACAUAUUUGGCUGAUCUUGUAUAUUUAAAAGCAUUUCAUUGUGUUCUAUUAUGUUAAAAUUGCUAGAAUGUAGUUAGAUUGAAAAAGUCUAAAAAAUUUCACCUAGCCGCAAAACCCACUGCUUUGGAUAACCAAAUUUCUUCCAAUUUUCCUCUUUAAAACACGCCUUUAACCAUUGUUGCACUGCUCAUUUUAGUAAAAUUUUCUUGUGUGUUCCCAGUUAUAAUUUGUCUAGCGUGUAUUGCAAGUUAUGCAGACAAUAUUGUCAAAAAAAGUUGAUUUUAUUUAUCGAAAUUGUACUGAUUGUCAAUACGGGGCCGCAAAGUAGCAAGGCAUACCUGAGUCAUGAUUGAAUAUUCCUUCGGCUUUGUGAAUUGCCAUUCUGACCUCGGCAUUUUGCAUCUCUCUUUGUAAAACUUACUCUGUGUAUCGUAUGUGCCAUUUAGACGACAAACUGUGCUGUUGGCGAUGCACAUCCAGGGAGGGUUGUGUUGCGCAAAAUAUGGUAUGAGUAUAAGCAUUGACCCUGGGAAGACCAUUAUACAAAAUGCUAUUUCAAGAAGAAUCUGAAACUUUCCGAACUCACCAAUUAAAGGCAAAACGUCAUCAAUGCUCAAUGGUUCCGUCGGGAUAUUGGAUGGUGUGGCCAUUUCGAGUUGAUUUUGAGUAACGAGUUGCGUUUAGCGGGCAGUGUAGAGCGUCGAGAUAACUCCCAAACUCUGCUUGUAGUAGUUUCAAAACUCUAACAUGGAUAGCGGUUUUCAGCCAGUUUUUGGUUAAUUAGUUUACGGUUCAUCUGUUGUUGCAUUGUAUUGUGUUGUUGCAAUGUAACUUUGUUAUUUAUCCGACAGUCUCGUUCCACAGGCCUAGUCUCCAGACGAAAUUCUUUUAUUUUAUAUAAAAGGGAGUCUGGUACCCAGGGUACCAACGAUAAUGAAGAGAAUUAAAAAUAUGAAGUUAUAGCCUAUGAAGUUAGAUCCUGGACAAAAAUACGAGUCGUGGUUUCGGCACCUUACCACUGUGUUUCGUGGAUUCUAUGAGUCGUUUUAGACAUUCGAUGCACCGAAUCGCUUCACGACAACGUUGUUCAGCGCGUUAGUCCCCUUGCUUUUAGACGAGUCGACGCACUGUAUUGCACCUAUGACGACUCGACGCACAAGUCGACGACUCGACGCACAAGUCGACGACUCGACGCACAAGUCGACGACUCGACGCACAAGUCGACCACGCGACGCACUCCCACUAUUUUAACCUGUCUUAACGUCGAGGCGUCGACCUCGUAUUGGCGAAGACGAAAUUCAACAUGGAAGCCCAAAACACAGAAAUUUUGAUGAGCUCCUUCGGACAGCAAUACAGUUAGUAUUGGAUUGAAUGGAGCAAGGAAUUCACGAGAAUCCAGAAGGCUGUGAUUUUCUAUGUACCCACAUGGAUAGGCUAUUAUAUAUUUUAGCACAAGUGAAUUUAUUUUUCUGUAAUUAUAUCCCACCAGAAAUUGAGAAUAGUUUGCAGAUAGCAAGAGAGACAUUCGCAUCCUCAGGAGAUAUUGAACACGGGCAAGUUUUUGAAAACACUGGAAGUCGAGGUCGCCCUACUUUACUAAUUUCCAAGGAUUCUUUAGAAAUAUAUCUAAGUUAUGGAGACAUGACUCUGGAAACUACUAGUUGCUCUACUACCGCUGGAGGCACCCGGCCUAGGGCCUACGGGGGCAAAAUUUGCUGCAGUCUGUUAUGAUGCUGCUGCUGAUGCGUGCAUCGUCGUGACUAUUGUACGUGUAUCAGUUGAAUUCGUGGGCACAUUUGAUAUUGAAUCGAUACGUUGCAAAGCAUUCUGAAGGAUGCUUCUAAUUUUUUCUCCAUCUCGUCUUCUUGCUACAUUUGGCGGAAAUUCACAAUGAUAUGGAAGGUUUCUUCGCCAAAACGAGGUCGACGCCUCGACGCAUGAGGUUAAGAUAGUGGGAAUGCGCCGAGUCGUCGAGUUGUUGGUCGAGUCGUCGACUCGUCUAAAAGCAAGGGGACUAACGCGCUGAACAACGUUGUCGUGCAGCGAUUCGCUGCAUCGAAUGACUAAAACGACUCAUAGAAUCCGCGAAACACAGUGGUGAGGUGCCGAAACCACGAUUCGAUAUUUUUGUCCAGGAUCUAACUUCAUAGAAAAUAAGACGAACCGAACUACUCGAAUAAAACAUGUUAUACCAAUUAUACCAUAAGAAAAUUAGUCGGAAAUCUUGCUACAGACUUAUUUUCUACGUAAAAAUCUCAAUGGCUAAAUAGUUUCCCCAUUUUUUAAAUUCUGCUUGCAGUAUAACGGAAGUUUUAUCGUGUUCUGUUUUCGCCGAGUAUCGAGCUGGGAUAACCAAACUGACUUCGCGUUUCGUUUACCAGCGAUUUGGGCGUUUAUUGAGUUGUCUCCUUGCUGAUUUAGGAAAAAAAUCCAGCACCCUUGACCAUUGUGAUUAAUGCUCCAUCUGCUUUAUUUACACCCUCAAUGCUUCUUCGCGAUUAUCUUUCUUGAUUGAAAGAGACUCAUUCAGUCUUCAACUUAGCCGCCUUUGUAAUUUGUUGCCCCCUUAGUGCUGCACUGAACUUUACCUUUUAUUUCAUAGUGAAACUGAAAUCUAUCGGUGUAGCACGAGCUAUUUUUUGCAAGAUGAAACGAGUUGUUGCUUAUUAUAAUUGAACCUUGAUUCUGGUUCACGUCCGGAAGACUAGUUGCCAUGGAACCAUCCCUCUCGUUACCCUAUCACAGUGACCUGAGCCCCACUUCCCACCGGGCCAACAAACAGAUAGGGGCCCCAAUAAUUAUUCGAAAGUUUUAUAUGGUACCAUAGGGUUUCUCUUGCUCGAGCUUCUUAUCAGUGCACAAAUGCACAACCUUAACGUGAGCGAACUUAAAAAAUUGAUAUGUAUGAUUCCAUCUUUUACGAACUGAAAAAUGGCACCCAACUUAACGAAAGAAGACCUCUUCACAACCUAAUACAUCUAUCAAGCAAUGUAAAAUUAUUAAAUGUCUUUGCCAAAAUCUUUAUACAAUAUACAACAACAGGUCCGUCGGAACCGGGGAGCUGGAGGGACUUAUAUUUGUCAAACUGUAGCAUAUUUUCUUCAUAACAGUGUAUUGAAUGAGAGGGAAUACAAUGGGAAGCCAUCCAAAUAUGAAUUUCGUUCCGACGGUACUGUACAAACUUUUACAUUAGCACUUAUUUUACGAAUGGAAUUGAAAGAGCAGAGUUUUUGCAACCACGCCCUUCUUUUACAUAAAGAUCAAUGUAAAUAAUAUAAAACAGUUUUAAAAAGGCUUCAAGUACUUUGCUAUUAGACAAGACAAUACCUUGCUAUUCGAAAACAUCGGAAACGUGGACGCUAUUCGAGACAUUUUUUAUUAUAUUAGGAAAAUAACCUAGAUUUCAUAGGAAAUGGCAAAGAGAAAGAAAAUAUUUAAAAUCAUUCAAAAAGUAUUAAGGGAUGAAAUUGUACAAUCUGCUGACAGAUGAAGCGAAAAGCGAUGAUAUGGUCAACGAAAAUAUUGAAGCAGACUGUAAAAUGUUCGUUCAAGAAGCACAAAAUGGUGAAGCACCCUACGAGGUUUUCGCUAGAAAUAAUUUCAGCAUUAAUGUCAAUGUGACAUGCCCCUGCCCCUUUCAUGGUUAUGUUCAGCAGAGAUGUGAUGAAAAUCCAGUUAUUGGACAUGUGCUAAAUCAAUCAAAUCUGUUACAUAUUGGCUAGUGGAAACCUCAAGACAUUGCAAGUAAACUAGGGAUAAGUUGAACGCCCGAAGUUUACAAGCAGGACUACAGUUGUUAAGAUUAGGUUCAUGAAUCUCAGAAGCAAGGCCAGUUGGCAUAAAACUAGGGACACAGGCGAUGAAAAUAUGCUUCCUUCAUCUCUGAGCAGCAUUAGGGCAGCAGCGGAAGCAAAUAUCUUGACAGAAAUACCACGAGCAUUUAAAAAGAAGAGAAACAUUGAAGUUUCUGGUUGAAGAAUUCCUACCAUGAGAAGUUUAAUAUAGAAAUAGAACCCCCUAAAAUUUGUGAUGUCAUUAAUAAGAAACUUUUAAGAAACGAACAUUGGAACAGCGUUAAGAAACUUGAGCACUCAACCCCCUUAACGUUAUAACGCCCCACUUGUUUUUACCCUUGACGCUCUGGGACCCAGGGUAUCAACGUUAAAAAGAUUAAUCAUGUUUUAAUUAACAUUCAGGCUGUAUUAAUGAUCCAAUUGCAAAAUCGUUUGAGUAGAUUUUGGUGACGUCAUUACCUGGCAACCCUGAAAUGUAAGGCACUUUGGUUAGUGGUUUUUCUAGUUAUGUGUUCUAUAAUAUUAUCAAGAAACGAACGGGACAGGUUAAUGCAAUAAAUCAACAUAUCUAAUUAAAAGUUCUGGCAAAAUAAACGUCUAACAAGAAAAAAGGGUUUUGUUAUAAAUUGUCCAAUCAUUCGAGUUGCACUUCUUGGUGCAGUCUCUAUUCUAUCAGGGCUCAUAUGUUUCGUCUCCUCCCAGCCAUAUUCAAGUUUACGAGAGCGUGCCGGGUAGCCGGAGAGUUAAUUGGCUAGAUGUCAUCAAUACUGCAUAUUCCUAAUAAUAUUGAGUUUUGCAGAUGAAAGACGUUCGUAAUUGUAAUUUUGUAAAAAAUGUUCUAAAUAGAUUGAAAUUUUGAUUGGUGAUUCUCCAGAAAACUCUACUGUUUUUCAAUACGCAGUGUUCACAUUGCGCUGUUUGUUUUGUUAUUGACAUCGAGUUUUCAUUCUACAUUUGCUUUGCAACAAAUAGAUAACGACUAACAUUCAUUAUACACAAACUUAAUGUUAUGUACGCAAACAUCUUAUGGCAAGGCACCCCAGUGGCCCUCAGCAUCUCUAUAUCUGGCGGACAAAAUACACCAUGACGUAAUGUAUUUUGAAAUUGCACGUGGUGGUGCAAUGACUGGUGUGACAUCGAAAUCAAAUUAUUAUCCGCUCCAGAUCCUUGACUUUAUCAGAAGUAAGGGUAAAUCUCGUUGCACCAUUGAAUUGUUACGCAACAUAAAAGAGGCUUACCUCGUGGCCACAAGACAAAACAACUUGCAUUAUUGUGUCUAGUCUGUGGUCGCUGGAAGUAUGGCUGCAGCAGCAUGCUCGCGGGACAAGGACUCGAUUGCCUGGUUGUCAAAGAAAGAAGAUGAGGGCACACAAGAAG